AUGAUAGCAGAAAUACUAAUAGAUUUUCGUUAAUUUUACGACAAUUAAAAUUAAAAAAAUGAUUUUUAAUUUGAAUACGGUAAAGAUUGGGAUAUAUUUUAUAUAAUAUCUGAAAAUUUAACUGAAUAAUCAUUAAUUUAAGAAGCUUUAAAAAUUCACAAUAGUUCAGAUUUACCAGAAGCAUUUUUAAAAGUCGAUAAGAUUCAAAACCAUUCAUUUUCCUUUUUCGCUUGGCAAGAUUUAAAAUUAGGAAUUUUAAUAAGAAUUUUCACUCCUGUACAUUAUCCUUAACGUUUCAAUUUAAUGAAUUCUACAAAAAUUACUUUAAAAUCACCCUAUCGUGCAAAAUACAAUGAAAAAAAAAUAUUUGGCUUUAUAAUACAAAAUGAUGAAACUAUCGAUUUACCAAUAAAUAUAUUACCUUUAGAUGAUUAAUAUUAGAAAUAUCCUCAAUAUUUAAUAAAUUACAAAAAAGAUGCUUACGAGUAUUUUAAAAACUUAGCAAAAACUGACUUAAAGAGCAAUCCCUCAUAAAUACUCAAUUAACUAUUUUGGAAUGGUAAGUAAUAAAUAUCAAUGCCUUAUAUUCCUUAUCUUAGUAAUUGCAGAGAAUUCGGAUCUUAGGGAAUCCUGUAUACUAUAGUAGAAAACGAAGAACUUUGUGAUCUUAUCCCUGUUGAGAAAACAGUUCCUAUUCGUCCUUUUGUUUUUGGGGAUAAACCAAUUAGCGAUUAGUGUGAAAAUAUUAAAUUUGAUUGUAUUUUUGAUGAAUAAUUAAAUAGAGAUCCCGAAUACGAGAAUUGGUUUUAAACUAAAUAAGAUGACACUAUUUUUUAUAUUACUUAAUAUGCAACUGAUUUUCUUAAAAGUUAGCUUGAUAGUAAAGAUACUUAUUUCAAUGAAGCCGAUAUUAUAAAAGUCAAAGCAGGGAAUAAUCUAUAGAAUGGGUAUUUACCAAAAGUUGUGUAGUUUGAUAUUUAGUAUUAUUAAACUUCUAAUACAGAAAAAUAAAUUAUUUAAGCUUUUAUGCUUUUUCUUAAUUAAGUAUAACCGAAUAAUGAUUAAGUUUAAGAUGAUUCACCUUUCGAGUAUACUUUGGUGUUUAAUUAUAAAAGUAUGACUUAAUCAGAACUAAUUAUAGCAUUUACUUUAGGAUGGUAUGUUUAUCUUGUUCUUUAUUUAAUUAUAGGGAUUUUGAUGGUUUUUAAUGUCUUUGUUUUUGUUUUGUAUCAUUAUAUUUUUAGUAGAAGAAGACCAAGACCUAAAAUAAAAUUUAUUUAGUGUAUAAAGCCUUUUUAUACUUAGGCUUUUAUAGGAGUUUAUUUAACACUUUUUCCUGUUGGAUUUAUUCUUAUUUUAAAUGGAAUAUUUAUGAGUGGAAGUAUUUUUGAUUUAAAUACUAGUUUUUUUAAUUGUGAGGAAACUGAAAGCGAAUCAAAAAUAGAAUUUUAUAAAUAUUAAUAUAAAUAGAAUGGAUUAAAAAUAGAUAGUGAAAAUUUUAUAAAAAUUAAAAAAGGAAGGUCUAAUUUAGCUAUGAUUGUGAUAGGAAUAUAUAUUAUGUACUAUAUGAUAAUACUAUUAAUACCUCAUAAAAAAGGUAAGAUAGAUGAAUUAAUGGGAAAUAUAUCAUUAGAUAAUAAUAUUUGGUAUAAAACUAUAUGGAGAAGAUUUUAUUAUUUUUUUUUUACUAUUAUAAUAAUAAUUAUAAUGUCAGUAAUUAUUUAAUUUUCACUUUCAAAUAAUUUUAGUGAAAAUAUUUGGUAUUUUUUAGUCAUUAUUAAAAUUAUUGGAAUGGUUUUUGAGUGUAUUGGUGAAUAUUUACUUUAAGAUAAUAUUCUUAUUUCUAUUAUUAAUACUUCUUUUGAUUGUACUCUUAAUAUGGCAACAUUAGGAGCAAAUGAUUUUUUCGAUUUCCUUUUUUCGUAUUUUGUAGAAAUAGGUAUUUAAAUGAUUGAAAGAGCAUAUGUAAGUAUAAUAAGAGAUUAAUUUUCAGAGUUUCUUGAAGUAAAAUAUGACUAAUUUUAGAAAUAUGUUAACACGUAUUUAUAAUUAAA